AUGGGGUCGUUUUCCUGCGCUGGUGACUUCCCAUUCCCCGAGGCACAAAGCUCGAGGUGCGGUGGUUUGGGGGAGACUGGCCGCCGCCCUCAUCUUCCCAGCUCUCUCAGGUGCGCAAGCCAUUCACUACGGUUACUGCUUGGGGUACAGAAGCAGCUACCGGGGUUCGGUUUGCCCCCGGGCGAGACCCCGGGCCCUAUCUGGGAUUGCAAACAGGGAGGCAAUCGCAAGCGACUACUGGAGAUUUCGCACAUCAAAACGGGGAUAAAGAAGGGUAUCGACGCCAGACUGACCAGCGGGGGUGAAAGUGCAAGAGGAAGUGCAGCCGCUGCCAUCUUUCCUCCGCUCCGAACACACGGAGCCCGGGGCCGCAGCGCCGCCGCUCUGCCGCCGCCUUCGCUUGGCCUGGGGAAGGACCAACCCUGCUGCCGCCGCCACCCGCUUGCUUCAGCUGCCGCAGCCGCCGCCGUCAGACUCCAGGACCUAGCCCGUGCCACCGCCCCCUUGCGCGCCCCGCCGCCGCCGCCGCCUUCGCCUUUUGUUUCCUCUGCUCCAGCGCCCCCGCCUCGGCUCGCGCUUUGCAGGGGACGCAGCGCGCGCCCCCAGCGGGCCCGGGAAAAGCCGCGGAACGCGCGCGCGCGCCUGCGCGCAAGACCCCUCCUCCUCCUCCCCACGUGCGCGCGCGCCUCUUGGCCGCGCGCCGGCGCCGCCUGGCGGGCGGGAGGGGAGGUGGCAGGCGCGUUAGCAGGAGGGGCGCACCUCUUUGCUCGCGUACCCCCCCCCUCCCGGAAGGUAGAAGAAGGGGAGGCGGGCAGGCUGAGAGGAGAGAGCCGCGUGGGAUCCAUCGUGGGUGGGGGUAGCUAUGUGUGGGGUGGUGUACUUAGUCUAGACAUUGCGAUCCGGGCAGGGGGCGUGUGCGCUGGGCGCACCUGCGAGACUACAGAGCCCCGGGCCCGCACGUGUGGAGAGUGUGGACACUUCCGCUGA